AUGAAGACCAAAAAUGGAAGGAGGUUUACAUCUUCCCUUAAAUUGAAACGAAAAGGCAUUGAAGUAAUGGGAAAAUGGAAAACUGUGCAAAUCGACCCAAAUUUAUUUGCUGAUGAGGAGUUUAGAAAUAUAGUAUGCUUGGAGGAACUUACAGAGUACGAAUUAGUAAAUUCUUCCAAAGUGGGGAAAGUAAAAGAGAAGAAGAGAAAGGCUGAGAGUGUUUCAAAAGAAGACGAUGAGGAGGAAGCCCUUGUCACUCCUCGCAAAAAGAAGAAGAAAAACAAAGAUUUGAGAAGCAAACCAGAUAAAAGCACUGAUCCUCACGUAACAGAAGUUAAUGUGCCAGUUAAUAAAGAGGCAAAGGGUAACGCAGUAACUGGAGCGGCGGAUUGUGAGCACCACAGACAUGCGGCUGAGAGCAGUUCAAGCACAAAAGAUGCUCCAAAGAAAAAGAAGGUAGCUAAAAAUCAAUCUUCUCAAGCUCAGGAAGCUGUCACAGCAGUAUCAACUUCUAAAAAAGUUAAAAACUGGACAACAGAAGUUUUGUCUGCCUCGGCUGAUCACCACGCUGAUGUGUCUGCAUGGAAAGACCUGUUUGUACCUGAACCAGUGUUGCAGGCCUUGAGCUACCUGGGGUUUAGUGCUCCAACUCCUAUUCAAGCCUUAGCCUUGCCUUCUGCCAUCCGGGAUCAUAUGGAUGUUCUUGGUGCUGCAGAAACAGGAAGCGGCAAAACGCUUGCAUUUGCAAUUCCAAUGAUUCACUCUGUGCUGCAGUGGCAAAAAUCAAAUAGCUCAACAACCAGAAAUGACAGUGUUUCUAAAGAGUCCCAUCAGCAUCGUGAUGAAACAAGAUGGGAAAAUGAGGAUGAAGCAGAAAAACUAACCCAUCAGCAGGUUGAAGACAGCAGAGAUGAAGAUGAUGCAUCUUUCACAACAGACUGUGUGAAGGUGCUGGAUAAUUUUGAAUUUGAUUCCAGUGAUGAGGCACAUGCUGUUGGCUCCCAUAAAAAGAGGCCUCUUUUGGGGCUCGUCCUUACUCCCACAAGAGAAUUAGCUGUACAAGUAAAACACCACAUCGAUGCAGUUGCAAAGUUUACAGGCAUUAAGACUGCAAUUCUAGUUGGAGGCAUGGCUGCACAGAAGCAAGAACGUGUGCUGAAUCGAAAGCCAGAAAUUGUGAUUGCAACCCCAGGCCGUUUGUGGGAGCUGGUUAAAGAGAGACACCCACAUCUUUCAAAUCUUCGGCAGCUCAGGUGCCUUGUGAUUGAUGAAGCAGAUCGAAUGGUUGAGAAAGGUCACUUCUUAGAGCUGUCUCAGUUGCUGGAAGUCUUAAAUGAUUCACAGUAUAACCCUCACCGACAGACUUUUGUGUUUUCUGCCACUUUGACUUUAGUCCAUCAGACUCCCACAAGAGUUUUACAGAAGAAGAAUGCUAAAAAGAUGGACAAGAAGACCAAACUAGAAUUGUUAAUGGAAAAAGUAGGAAUAAAGGGCAAACCCAAAGUAAUAGACUUAACAAGGAAAGAGGCUACUGUUGAGACUCUGACAGAAACCAGAAUCCACUGUAAUACCAACGAGAAGGACUAUUAUCUCUAUUACUUUCUCCUCCAGUAUCCAGGAAGAACCAUGGUCUUUGCAAACAGCAUAGACUGUGUAAAACGCCUCAGCUCUCUCCUCACAAUCCUGAGCUGUGAGCCCCUUCCUCUGCACGCCAACAUGCACCAAAAGCAGAGGCUGAAAAACCUGGAAAGGUUUGCUGAGCGAGAGAGCUGUGUCCUCCUGACAACAGAUGUUGCAGCUCGUGGUCUUGAUAUUCCCAACGUGCAGCAUGUCAUCCACUAUCAGGUCCCUCGUACUUCUGAGCUGUACGUUCACCGAAGCGGCAGAACAGCCCGAGCUGCCAAUGAGGGCCUUAGCCUGUUGCUGAUUGGCCCUGAUGACUUGAUUAAUUUUAGGAAAAUUUAUAAAACUUUGGAGAAGAGUGAAGAGCUGCCAUUUUUCCCAGUUGAAACCAAGUGCAUGACUUCUGUCAAGGAGAGGGUGAAUUUGGCACGGCAGAUAGAGAAGGCAGAAUUUUUCAACAGUCGGGCAAGGCAACAUGACUCCUGGCUCCAGCAAGCUGCAGAGGCUCUCGAGAUUGAUCUUGAUGAUGACAUGCUUAUGGGCAAAAAAGCUAGUGAGCAAGAAGAAAGCCAGAAGCAAAAGAUGCUGAAGGGGAUGAAAAAACAAUUAAAGCAUAUGUUGUCCCAGCCACUGUUUAAAGUCCUUAUGAAGACCAAGUACCCAACACAGUCUGGAAAACUACUCCUGCCUCAGACAUCAGUGGGUAAUUCAGAAUCUGCUCUUGGUACUGUGUCCAAACAACAAGCCAAGAAGAAGAAAUCAAUAAAAUCAAAUUGA